UGUCCCUGACGCAAACGCGCCGGAAGGGGCUGGAGGCUAAGCAGGCACUGAUCACUGAGCUGCGACAAUGUGUGGACACCUACAAGUACAUCUUCGUGUUCUCAGUCGCCAACAUGAGGAACAACAAGCUGAAGGACGUGCGGAAUGCCUGGAAGCACAGCAGGAUCUUCUUUGGGAAGAACAAGGUGAUGAUGGUGGCACUGGGCCGUGAGCCGAGCAGCGAGUACAAGGAGAACCUGCACAAGGUCAGCAAACACCUGAGGGGGGAAGUUGGGCUCCUCUUCACCAACCGCACCAGGGAGGAGGUGGAUGAGUGGUUCUCCAAGUUCCGGGAGAUGGACUUUGCCCGCGCGGGGAACAAGGCGACGUUCGGGGUGAGCCUGGACACAGGGCCCUUGGAGCAGUUCCCUCACUCCAUGGAGCCACAGCUGCGGCAGCUGGGACUGCCCACGGCACUGAAGAAAGGAGUGGUGACUCUGCUCUCAGAUUACGAAGUCUGCAAGGAGGGAGAUGUCCUCACCCCAGAACAGGCUCGUGUGCUGAAACUCUUCGGCUAUGAGAUGGCAGAGUUUAAAGUCACCAUCAAAUUCCUGUGGAAUUCUGAGACUGGAGACUUCCAGAAACUCAUGGGAGACACAGCAGAGGAGGAGGAGGAAGAGGAGGAGGAGGAGGAGGAGGAGAAUGACAGUAAUGAGGACUAG